AUGGCGCCCACCGCUGACAACGACGACAAGGAGCUCCUGCGCGCCGCCGCACAGGCAGACGGCAAUGCAGAAUCCAGCGGUGCCGAAAACACACCCGACCGCCGCGAUCGCAAGCCCACUGCGUCCAGCCAAAAGCCCGAAGAGGACCCCGCCGUGCACGACGAGCGCAUCAAGAAGCUCAAGUUCCUCCUCAAACGCAGCGGCGUAUACUCGCGCAUCAUGGGCGAGAAAAUGGAAAAGGAGCGCAAGGCGAGGGCAGAGGCCGCCGCAAAGGAAGCAGCAAAGCAGCAACGCCGCGACACGGCACAGCCGCCAAAGGGCUCAACCAAGGGGCAGUCGAAAAAGGAGCGUGAUCAGGCCGGCGCACCAAACGCAUCCUCAGCGACCACGACGCGGAGAUCCACGCGGCACGGCGACGCUGCGGCAGAGGACGCCGCCACCUCUUCCGCCACGACGAGGUCCAGGCGCGGCGGCGGCGCGGAGGCCAACAAGAAGCGCAAGGCCGAGGGCUACGACGUCAGUGCCUACCUCGACGAACAGGACCUCGAGCAGGCAGGCUCCGAGGACCCGGCCAAGAAGCAAAAGAAAAACGACGGCAGCGCCGCCGCAAAGGCCACGGGCACGGGCAGCGACGACCCGGCGGCCAAGGUCCAGGCCGAAGCGGCCGAGGCCGAGGCGCACGCCGCACAAGAGGGCCGCGACGUCGAUGUCAACGGCGAUGGCGACGACGACGGCGAUGGCGAGUCCAAGGAAAAGGACCACCGCACGCAGCCCAAGCUCGUCACGGGCGCCACGAUGCGCGACUACCAGCUCGACGGCCUCGAGUGGCUAGUCAGCCUCUACGAAAACGGCCUCAACGGCAUCCUGGCCGACGAAAUGGGCCUCGGCAAGACGCUCCAGACCAUCUCGUUUCUGGCCCACCUGCGCGGCAAAAACGUGUGGGGCCCCUUUCUGAUUGUCGCGCCCCUCUCGACGAUCAACAACUGGGUGCUCGAGUUCCGACGGUUCACGCCCGACAUCCCCGUCAUCAUGUACCACGGCACCGGCGACGAGCGGCGCGAGAUGCGGCGCACCUACCUCCAGACGCCCACGAUCCGCAGCGAGCAGCUCCUCUUCCCCGUCGUCGUCACCAGCUACGAGGUCAUCAUCCGCGACCGCGCCCACCUGGCCAACCACCCGUGGAAGUUUAUCGUCGUCGACGAGGGCCACCGCCUCAAGAACCUCAACUGCCGCCUCGUCCGCGAGCUCAAGGCCUUCAAGAGCGCCAACCGCCUCAUCCUCACCGGCACCCCGCUCCACAACAACCUCGCCGAGCUGUGGUCGCUGCUCAACUUUAUCCUGCCCGACAUCUUUGACGACCUGGCCACCUUCGAAGCGUGGUUCGACUUUUCCGACAUCCACGAGGACGGCGCCAACCGCAUCCUGACCAAGAUGGACUCGGCCAACAUCAUCACGCAGCUCCACGAGAUCCUCAAGCCCUUCCUGCUGCGCCGCCUCAAGGCCGACGUCGAGGCCAACCUGCCGCCCAAGAAGGAGUACCUCCUCUACGCGCCCCUCACCCGGAUGCAAAAGGACCUCUACGACAGCAUCGUCCGCCGCGACAUCCGCAAGUCGCUCCUCGUCCGCAAGACGGGCCUCGAGUGGGACGAGAUCCAGGAGAUCCUCGACGACCCGGACGGCACCAACACCCGACCACGGCCACGGCCACCCGCGAGAGCAGCCGCGCCGCCUCGCCCAAGACCGCCGGCGGGCGGCUACGGCUACAACGACGCCGAGGACGACGGCGCCUACUUUAACCGGCUCGAGGUCGAGUCGCGGCGCGCCCCGCGGCCGCUGUCGCCAGCCGCGGCCGAGCGGCAGGGCAAGCUGUACGCCAUCAAGGAGGCGCAGAAGUCGAUCAACAACAUGCACCUCGAGAACAUGGUGAUGCAGGCGCGCAAGGUGUGCAACCACCCGUUCCUCUUUGACUGGCCCAUCGACCCGGACACGGGCAGCUUUGUCGUCAACAAGAACCUGAUCAACGCGAGCGGCAAGAUGCUGAUGCUCAACCGGCUGCUCGACGAGCUCUUUGCGCGGGGCCACAAGGUGCUCAUCUUUAGCCAGUUUACGACGAUGCUCGACAUUAUCGAGGACUGGGCCAACGAAUACAAGGAGCUGCGGACGUGCCGGAUCGACGGCUCGACGUCGCAGGUGGACCGGCGCGAGCAGAUGCGCAGCUUCAACGAGGACACGGGCCCGGACGCGUGCAACCUCUUUUUGCUGAGCACGCGCGCCGGCGGGCUGGGCAUCAACCUGGUCGCGGCCGACACGGUGAUUUUCUUUGACUCGGACUGGAACCCGCAGAUGGACCUGCAGGCGCAGGACCGGGUGCACCGCAUCGGGCAGACGAAGCCGUGCCUCAUCUUCCGGCUGGUGAGCGCCAAUACGGUCGAGCAGCGCAUCCUGAAGCGGGCGGGCAACAAGCGCAAGCUCGAGGCGCUCGUCAUCCAGCAGGGCAAAUUUCGACUUCCCGCCGGCUACAAUGCCGGUGGGGCUGGGGGUGUCAAGAGGAAAAAGGAAGACGAGAUGGCAGAGAUGGCGUCCAACCUGCUCAAGCUCGAGGGCGAACAGGUGCAGCUGGCCGGCGAAGACGACGAGAUCAUCAGCCAGGCUAACCUCGAAAAACUCCUCGAUCGCAGUCCUGCCGCCUACGAGCGCCGUACCGGCUGGGUCACGAGCCGAUCCGGCGGCGAGGGCGACGAGGCGGGUGGCCAGGCCGCCUUCGAGGUCACCGAGACCGUCGUCGAUGAGGCCAACGAGGAGAUCGCCAAGCUCCUCGCGGGUGGUGGCGGCAGUGGUGGCGAUUGA